CUUGCCACAACCUCUUGCGCCGCAUAACAGUUGGUCAAAUCCUAUAUAACCUGGGGCUGUGGCUGUGACGGGUGGGUAAAUCAGGGCGACAUGUGGUCAACUGCCGUGGACUGCUGCUUGAGGCCGGGACUGGGUGGGUGUAGUCCCACUAACCAGUUAUAUGAAGUCCUUGUAACCGGGCAGCAAUAUAAAUGCCAGUCGGCGUAGAAAAGUGUCAUGUAUUUGACGAAUAAUUACCGUCAACAUUGCGUGAUUGGUUGAAUCAGACGGGAGGGCGUUUUGGCUGGCUUAGGACUUAGCCGAGGUCCCCAACCAAAUCGGCUGCCCGUGGUGGGGUUGCCAGGGGUAUGCGGAUGGGGUUGUGUGACAGGAACCUAUAAUUACCAGACCAGGCAGGUGGUCGCCAGACCAGGAAUCCACCAUUUAGUGCUCCGCUUUUAGACACACCGCGGACGUUGCCGCGAACGGAAGUCCGGGGCUUAUCGCCAGAAUGUUGGCCGGGAUGCAUUCACCCGGAUCGCCUUCAGCUCAGUCACAGGUACCGCCGCCGACGCCCUGUAAAUCGCCCAUCCUGGACGUGACCGAGACCCUGUCGCUUCAUAGCGAGAUGGAGCUGGAACUCGAACCGAAAAAAGCGUUGUAUUCCUUUGGAGCCCCGCACAGUCACGGUCACAGUCACAGUCAUAGCCUACGUCUGCCGGGCCUCAGUAUUCCCAACCUGAUCAAUAGCAAGAAUUCCACUCUGCCCGCCUUCGAGUACAUCGCUCCGCCGAACCACGCCCUUCAGGCCCUGGAGUUUCCCCUGAUGGAGUUGAACCAUCGUGUGGGUGUGGGUGUUGUUGGCGGCAUGUUUCCCGGCUUCUUGCACCGACGGUCACGAGGCGAGAAGCGACCGAUUCCGGAUGCCCAGAAGGAUGCCAAGUACUAUGAGCGGCGCAAGCGUAACAACGAGGCGGCGAAGAAGUCACGGGAUGCCCGCAAGAUCCGAGAGGAUCGCAUUGCCUUUCGGGCCGCUCUUCUCGAGCAGGAGAACUCCAUUCUACGGGCUCAGGUGCUGGCCCUACGCGACGAAUUGCAGACGGUGCGGCAGCUCCUGGGUGCCACCGCCGCCGGUGGCCUGCUCUCGAUGCCUCGCCAGAUGUGAGACGAAGCCUAUGGGGCAAGUGCUUUGUACAUACAAGUAAAGUGAGGGAGUGAUCUAGCUGUAGUUCUGCGGUGCAUGUUUGUUAAUAAAUUUUUGAAUUUAUCUAAA